AUGCGAAGGAACGUAGCGGUUAGAAUCAAGUCAGGAACCACUUUCGCAACAAUACUGCAAACUACUUGGACGACACCAACUACAUCAUGUGAGGUUCCUGCGUACAACUUUUUCCCACGGGAUUCAGAUGAGGAUAAAUGGACUGGCACAUGUUUAUUAGAUACGGCACCCACGUCGAAUUGCAAAUAUUGGAGAGUUUCUGUGCUUUUACUGCUUGAUAAUAACUGGCUUUCGACGCUGUAUCUUCAGCAAAUUCAAUCUUUUAUAAGGGGGGUGGUACAGAACUGCGAUUCUCGAAGCACUUUGCAAAUAUUCGAUCCAGGGAGGAUUUUAAUGAAAGAAACCUGUGAAUCAGAAAAGCAGAAAAGCUUAAUAAAUGGUAUUUCUACUGGUGACACGUACAGAACAAAUGGUUUAUCAGCUGGUGAUCAACUGGACAAGCUGUUGGAUCAGUUGCAUUCUUGUGUUUUGGAUAAACCAUUAGCGGACGAUGAAGCCGGUGUGGCGUUCAUUUUCACGGAUUUCACCUGUACGGAACUGUGUCGCAGUGAAAAUUUGCGCUCUGAUGCACAAAUCAUAACAAAUGCUCUCAUAAAACAGGGUUUCGUUAUGAAAUAUAUGCUUCUCAGUGAUGAUAAAACCGAAUCUGGCUGUGCUAAUAAUCUCUUCUAUGCUUGUCAUAAUAUGGUCUCAACGUCCUGCGAUGUUAGCGUUUACGGUAAUCAAACCGUACAGUUAAUCGACAUUAUGGAAGCGUCAACGACAUGUUCGGUUGCUUCGACGAGUUCACCUAAUGAUAACCUCAGUGCAGUCGCGAUGGAUGGGGCCAGGAAGGGAUGCACCACGCUCAUAGCCGCUACGGUCCACCAAAGUGCUUCGAGAGAAGCCGUGUACGCAAUUGCGGUAACCAACCAUCCUCAACAAUCGCAACUAACGCAAUUACCUCAUCCAGCGAGUUUGGUGAUGGCUAACCACUACAUGGACAUCAAAGCAUUGGCUGAGGCUAACAAAAAGGACCCGUGGGAAGUCUCACAACAAAAUCUGUACAUCCACGAAAAUGAGAUCCUAGGAAACGGUGCAUUCGCCGUGGUAUUGAAGGGGACAUUAAAAGGUAAAAUUCCAUUAUUGAUGGUCAACCCACGGUUGAAUAUAUGUGCCGAACAUAUGCAAGAUGAUGGGCCAUGCGAUGUACAAUCUUUGCAGACGGCUGUGAAACGGUUGCCAUCACAUGCAAACGAUCAAAAUCGGAUGGAAUUUUUCCAGGAAAUAAGUUUUAUGAAAAAUCUUGGCUAUCACACACAUAUUAUAAGCAUGUUGGGUUGUGUGUCCUGCCCACAAAAUCCAAUGAUACUCGUGGAAUACUGUGAAUAUGGCGAUCUGUUACAUUUCCUACGGAAUAAUCGUAAUCACGUUAUUAUGUGCAAAGAUGAUGUAUGCCCAACGGAUGCCGACAUUUGUCUAAGGAUCAAGGACUUAGUUUCGAUUGCAUGGCAAGUCAGUGAUGGAAUGACGUACUUAUCAUCGAAAAACUUCAUUCAUCGCGACGUGGCCGCACGCAAUGUACUUCUCACAAAACAGUUAGUGGCUAAGGUUAGCGACUUUGGGCUCGGGCGCUACGCAGAUUCUGCCCUAUACACAGCCAGAGGCGGUCGUCUACCGUUUAAAUCCAUGGCCGUGGAAGCACUGAAAUUCUAUGAGUUCUCCGAGAAAACCGAUGUAUGGGCAUUUGGAAUACUAUUGUUCGAGAUAUUUUCGCUUGGCGACGUACCGUAUCCUACAGUCCAACCAACGGACAUGAUUUCUUACAUCGAACAAGGAAAUCGUCCACCGCAACCGGAGAAGUGUCCAAAUGAGAUAUUUGGCCUUAUGGAACGCUGUUGGAAAGCAAUUCCUGAUGAUCGACCCAUUUUUGCAGAAAUUCGAGGGGAACUGACAAUCCUACUUAAUAUCGACGAUGAAAGUUAUGGAUAUUUGAGCUUAGACUCACGUCAACUACGGAAUAUGUUUAAUCGGCAGAUCAGUGAGCUUCAUUCCAACCCUAUUAAGGACGACAAUUCCAAAGAGUUACGAGGAAAGCAAACGACGCAGACCAAUGAAAAGAACACAUUGGUCGGCAGUGGUAGGAGCAACUUUCUCACUGUUUCGCCUAGUCAAGAUCAGAACAUUGGUCCAAACACCGGGGCAAUCGUCUCAACGAAUUCAAAAACAGCUGGCGUUACCGAAUUUGAUGAUUCUACCACUAAAUAUCAAGCACAGAAGAAUUCCGCAAAGCCAACCUCAUUUGCAGCAAAAGAAUCAAUGACAAAUCUACGGGCACAGUCCAGCUCCAACGAUGAUAUAAUGUAUAAAUCAGGAAUGAGGAAAAAUACCGGUGAUGUUUCAAUUCUCCUGGAAAAUAUCGUGAAUUUCUCUCUACAAAUGCCAGAAGAUAAACGGACAGAUUGUAUACAAUCUAUGGAACAAUGGAUGAAUAACAGGUUAUCCAACGGCUGUUAA